AUGGGUAGAAAGCGGGGCUUCGCGGAAGCGCCGGUGGAUUCCAAGAUGGCGGCGGGGUGCUGUGGAGUGAAGAAGCAGAAGCUAUCGAGCUGUUCGUCUUCUUCCACCUCGUCUAACAACUCCAACGAGAACCACUGCAAGGACGUGACCCGCGCCAACGGUUUCAGUGGCUGCCCUGGCGGCAGGAACAUGGUGGUCAACUCGGAGAUGUGCUGCUUCUGCUUCGACGUCCUGUACUGCCAUCUGUACGGAUAUCAGCCGCCCCGGAGCCCACGAUUCACCAACGACCCGUACCCAUUAUUUGUGACGUGGAAGAUUGGCCGCGAUAAACGGUUGCGAGGGUGCAUAGGUACAUUUUCUGCCAUGAACCUACAUUCAGGACUCAGGGAGUACACUCUUACCAGUGCCCUUAAAGACAGUCGCUUUCCUCCAAUGACGAGGGAAGAACUACCACGGCUUUUUUGUUCGGUGUCUCUUCUUACCAACUUUGAAGAUGUUGGGGACUAUCUAGAUUGGGAGGUGGGUGUACAUGGCAUUAGAAUAGAAUUCAUCAAUGAAAAAGGAUCAAAACGAACCGCCACAUACCUGCCGGAGGUUGCGAAGGAGCAAGGUUGGGACCACAUUCAAACCAUAGAUUCCUUGCUACGAAAGGGAGGUUACAAGCCUCCCAUCACGAAUGACUUCAGGAAGACAAUUAAACUGACUAGAUACCAUAGUGAAAAGAUGACACUGAGUUACUCAGAGUAUCUAGCUCACCGCCAGCAUCACCACUACCAGAAUGGCAUUGCACAUCCUCUACCACCGUACAACCAUUAUUCCUGACAAUGACUUGCAUGACCAGUCACUUGAUCUUUCAGCGGACCUCUUCCCAGGGGACCCUUCCCCUUCUUGGUCUAGCUAUCUCUAUUACUGUACCAUUUUAUGAUGUUAGUUUCCGUUGCCAUAAUGGCAUGCAGCUAUUUGGCUGAUGUCAAUUUGGCAACGGGUGGUAACAACUCAUAAUUAUGUAUCAAUGUAUUUUCUUUGAGCGUGCCCUUUCAUAAAAUAAGUUCCGAUGAAAUUAUUACCUUUUUGCAUUCCCAGAAUUUCCUAAGCCUGUGGAUGAAUGGAAGGAGAUAUGAGGGAGAUUGGUCCAGCUUGAUUCUAAAUUUGCAAGAGCAGGGUUAAUCAAAUAGUGUCUUUGUUCUUAGGCAGAUAUUGGACCUACAUUUCUUUAAUGAUUCGAUAAACCUUCUUUAACAGUCAGAACCCUAUAGUUUCAACUGCUGUAAAGUAGUUACAAAUCAUUUCAGUGCUGCAUUUGAUUUGUAUAAAAUCCCCCCUUUGUCAUACUGACCAUUUUAGUAUGAAUAACUUUUUAAACUUAGUUAAUUUUUGCUUUAAAAUGCAGUUGUCGAAGGACAACAAAAGUUGGUAAAAAGAAUUACAUUGAGUUCCUCAAGUACUGUAUCAAAAUGUUAGGCAUACAACUUGACCUCCCAUGACAGAUUUCUAAAAACUUUCUACAAUAGAAUUGUUAUUGGGUAUACUUGGCAAAUGGAAAGUAACUAAGAUAAUAUCUUGUAUCUUAUGAUAAUGUAUAUAAUUUGUGUGUAUGUAUACACAGCUUUUUUUCCCUUGUGGGGAACAAUUUUUCUUAAUACAUUUGUUAUAAUAAUUAGACAUAAUUACAUAUGAAGUUUUUUUGCAAAUACUUGCAUUGAGUAAAAAUAGGUUCAACAGUUUGAUUUAUGGGUUACAAGUACAUGAAUAUAAUAAUGCAGAUCAAGAUUACACAUUAUGAUGGCAUUUGUGUGCUGUUGGACUUUACCUACUUGCUGUUACCUCCAGGAGGAAGGGGCAAUAUUACCUUUCUUCUGAAUUUUAAACACUGGCUUGUAGGUCAUCUAUUCUGUACUUGUAACUGCCUCUGUGAUAGGGCACUAAUUUUGAAUUGGUAAAGAUAAUUUAGUUUGAAUUUCUUUCCACAUAGAUAGGUAUACCCAAAACAUCACAUCUUCGAAUAAUCUGGAAACACCUUUUGAAAUGUUAUUUAAUCAGCCAUUUGUUGAAUUUGGUUUGGCUUUGCAUUGCAACAGAAUAAUUCACACUAUAUACAGUAUAUAAAAAUAAUUAAAUACUCCCAUCUCAGUUUCUCACCCGAAUAUAGAAAACUGUGUAAAUUUGGUUCUAGGAAAAUGUCAACAUGGAUUUUCAGUUAUUAACUGGAUUUUGAUUCUUUAAGUUCUAGCACUUGUUUUUGUACCUGUAACAUUUUAAUUAUAAACAUAUAUAGUUUAAGCCAAGCUGCUUAGUUUAUAAGAUUAACUAUAACAAUUCAGUUCUGAUUCAGAUUUAAAUAUUUUAUAAUUCAAUAAGGAAUUUUUCUUUAUACUAGAAAAGAAAGUUGAGACUCUAGGGAGCUGUGCAAUCGUGGUGCUAGAACUCAGGAAAUAUUAACGCGCAGUAUUUGUGCAGCCUGAGGCUCCCAAUACAUCUGUGUAAAAUUUAUUUUGCUCAGCUUCUUAUUGUCAGGGUUGGAAAUUUUAAAUUAGCCAAGUUUAUUAUGACAGUGCAGAUUUUCCAGUGAACAGAACUGUUUGGGAAAACGAGAUGAUCAGAUGUUGGUAAUUUUAGAUUUCUGCUUUUGGUCGUCACAAAUCUAACAGAAAACCUGGAAUAUCCACUGACUUCAGGUAUGGUAAAAUAGGUUAGAAAUAGAAACCACCUGGUGUUAUUUGUUCAACUGAUUUUUUUUUAAAAAGAAUCAAACUGAAGACUGCAGGUGACUGUCUAAAUUUGAGAGUUUAGAUUAAGUGUACAUUUUUUUCUAGUAGCUUUAAAGAUCAGAUUAAGAUGUUAGAUCUGUCAUUAAGACAUAGUUGAAACAAACUUAAAUCUGAGACAAUACUUCAGUAGCAUUUCUUCCUGCAUUUAUUACUACUUUAACUUUUGAAUCGUUUUUAAUUUAACCAAGGAUAUGUCUCCUGAAUAAGAUAUUUGUAGCUUAUGAUCCAACCUUAAGACAUUUGAAACUUAAAAUCCAUUGUCUCCUAAAUUUUGUCUUGAAGAUACUUCAUUUAAUAAUUAGCUAUUGAUAUUUACAAUCAGCAAAGUUUGAAAUCCUAUAGUAAAAAAAACUCUCCCUUUUUUGUAAAGGAUUCUGGUGCAAUUUCAAGUGUCCAUUAAUAUUUGUUUUAUUGGAUAUGUUCAAACAGGCUGUGUUUUUCACUAAAUAUCAACGUUGGGGAAAACCAUUAAUUGCUCAUUUGAAUAUCCUCCGCUAUAUAAAUGAAAUGUAAGGUACGGUCUUUAGAUUUGAUUAGCUUCUUAGUGAAAGAUUUGCCUGCAUCCUAUGAAAAUAGUCCAUUGUGUGAAGCUGAAGAUAACUCCUUCCAUUAUUCACAUUGGUAGAACUUAAGAGCUGUGCAUCCACAGUAAUUCCAAAAGAAAUGAUUUAUAUUUCACUUGUGUUGCCUUAAUUUUGACACAAAUAGCACAAACUGAACAAUCUUGGCUGCCAAGUGGAACUUAGUUUACUGAAUUUCUCUGAACAUCAUGUCCUUCAUCUCGGCAUGCUCAUCCUUUCUUUGAGCUCACCACUAGUGGGGAAAAAAAAUGGUGCUAUACGACUCUGAAUGGGUCACGUGACUGGUCAUGCUGACUCCGAGAUCAUAUCGGAAUAAUCUUGAUAUAUGCAGAUAUUAUACAAAACUUUACUACCAGUGUAAUAAUGAUGAAAACAAAUAAAUAAAAUCCUGCAGCCUUGCAAGGACGAGGUCAGCAAUACUUCCCUGCAUGGCAUGGUGGAAUGGGACAUAUCUCGUCGUGUGUAGCUAUAGGAGCAUGACAGUGUGUCCAUGCUGGUCACUUUCUUUCCUUUGAAAAAAAAUAAUUAAACUGAAGCAUUAGGUAUUUAAUAUUUUUAUGGGGCUGUUACAUUACCUGCCACCUCUUGAACAUGUUCAAUUUUUAUAUACUGUUGUGCAGUCGAGGUUACAUCACGUUGUCGUUCAGACUGAACCAAAGAUGCCUCCAGCCAUGAUCUAAUGCUGCUGUGAAUUAAGCCUGCUUUCCAGUCCUUCAAGGCUACUGCAGGAGGUUUUAACAAUUUGUUUUUUAUUUUUGUACAAUUUCUAACUGGUUUUGCUAGUAGCAUUGAUUCAAUUAAGUUUAAUUUGAAGAUUCUCAAUGAGCACUGUUGAACAUUGAUGUCUGGUAACUUUGCCCAUGCAGUGGCUGUAUCGAAGAAGCCCCAUAGUGUGCCUCUCAGACCUAAGGGUUUCUUUAAUCUGUAUCCUAGAGACCAGCAGAAAAUCUUUAUACUAAAGAUGUUUAAUUAUUUUUACCAUUGUUGUUUGAACACUUGUUUCUUAAUUUUACUCUGGACCUAGUAACUGCACUGGUUGUCAAUCGCACUGAGAGAGCGAGAGAGUUGUGUUUCAGACUUUUGUAACAACACAUGUAUGACGGUUUUUGUACAUUGAAAUCAAUUCUUUUCAGAAUUUUUUGGAUCUAGUUUCUAAGUUAUUUUAGUGUUUUUUUUAUAUAUGUUAAAGAUGAGAUGAGUUAACACUGUCACCAGCAGACUGAUUUACCUACUGAUGCUACAGUGAUGCUGGGUUGAUAGCUACCUGGUGUAGCUUGUGCCCAAAAAGUUUUUUUUUCCUUUUUAUUAGUAACUGUUGAAUAAUGGCACCACAGUAUAUGUGAAGAACCCCCUUUCAUUAUGACUAGAUCCUCCUUCCACAUUUAAAAUUUUACAAUUACUAUUAGUGUGAUAAUGUUGAAAUGGGCAUUUAUAGUAUGGUCGUAAGUCAAAACGUGGGGGGAGGGACUUUAUAAUAAAAUGAUCAGUGGGUCUGUGAGACAUGGAUUGUGGAACAAUGUAGUAGUUUUAACACUAUUGUUACAUUUUAAAGCAUUUACCCAAUAAAAUAUUAAGAUUAAUACAUAAUUGGUCUCUAUGUUGGUACACGGGAUGAAAUGAGUGUUUCACGUGCCUAAGUAUAUUAUACUAGUUACAAGCAGAUUCAAGAAGGAUCUCAUGAUUGCAAAAUAUUGUGGGUUUUAGUGGAUUAGAAAUGCUUUUUAUUUGAUGGAAUGGACUUUAUUUUUAAAACCAUGUUCAACAGUGGAGGUAGCAGGCACUGAAAGUAUUUCCACUCAUGUUGGGAGCGAUACCACUUCAUGUGACCAGUACCAGUGGAUGCAAAUGGGCUUGCAGCAAAGAGAGUCCACCCAGCAACGUUCUGUGAAGGGCAUCCACCUACAAGCAGAACAACGUGAAUUCCAGACCUGCAGAAACCUACACUGACUUUUUCUAAACUUGAUCAUUUGGUGGGGAGGGGGGAGGAAAUCUAUAUGAAUAUUCAGUGAAAUAUGUGGGACGUUUUCUCCACAAUGUUUUUUAUCAAUAAAAGCACAUGUAAGUGUUGAAACAAA